CGUUCCGUUGUGUUGCAGUAUCAUAGCAACCAAAAGGGUCCGGAUGAGGAAGCUUGUAGUUUCCAUGGACACAGCUGAAAGCAGACAGUAGAAGUUUUGAGAAGAGGAAACUUUAAACACACGAAUAUUCCAGCUGGUGCUAUGGGGCUAUCACUGACCAGGGCAGCCCAGUGGACCACAACCAGCUCUGGUACUGGCAAACUUGAGUCCACACCAAUGAAUGAGACCUUGUUGAAAGAAGUCCUGCACUUUGUGGAACAGUUCAGCACCCGACACCCACAGGAGGCUGAGCAUGUGUUUGAGGAGCCGCUCCGGUGGACUACCACUUUAGUGGCAUCUGAUUUCAAAACAGGCUAUGACAUCAGUGACUCAGAUGUGCAGUCCCAGGAGAAAGACAGUCAAGGACGUCCUCUCUUGCAGUUAUGCUCUCCUGUUGUUUAUGCACGCAACUUCAGCAAGAUCGCAGAAGUGCUUCAUCUGGCAGAUGAUACCAAGCUUGAGGAAGUUCGAGCAUGUCUUGAAGAAAAUAGAGACCCACUGGUGAAGAUCCUUGGUCCCAGCUUUGCCAGCAUACUGGCGAGAGAGGACGCCCAUUCUGAUGUUGUGAGUCUUCUAGACAAAGUAAAAGAGGAGAGUCAAGACAAGGACUCGGAAAUCAAGAUAAAACUGUUCCUGUUGCUGCAAAAUCUGGAUAACCAGCUCCUCAGCAAGUGCCUCAAAGAGAUAUCAGAACAAGUCAGCCUCGACCCCGCCGCAGUGAAGAAUGAAGUGGAGCUGCUGAGACGUCUUUGCAAUGAGGGGGAAAAGAGGGUGUUGAAGGCAGUUCGAUACACAUCAGAUUAUGAAUUUCCAAAUGGCUGCCGUGCUCCUCCAUGGAGACAGGUGCUGGGAGAGAUCUGUUACCUUGUGAUUGAGCCAUGUGACACUGUGGCCCUCCACAUCACCUACAGUGCUUCUGGAGUUUUUCUCAAUGGGCACAUAAAACAGGAGGAGAAGGAGGAGAACAGCUAUGAGCGAAGAAGCGAUAUCUACAAAGACCUGGUAACACUCCUGAAGAGCCAAUCUCCACUUUUUGCUGAGAACAUAAAGAAGCAGGAUUUUGCAGCUCAAGAACUUCCAUCAACACAAAAGAUCCCGCAUGUGGAAUCGGUUGACGCGGAGGAACAAGGCCAACCCCAGAGGUCUUACGAGCAACAGGAAAAGAAUGUGCAUGAGAAGUGGAGACAACACACGCCGUACAAGGCAGGCGGCAAGAAGAAAUAUGAACCAUGUCCGAGAUGGAGGAAUCUCCGUCUCAUUUCAACAUGUGGGUACGUGAUAAGUCCUGUCGUAAGACGUGUCCAGAACGUGUCUUCAUGCUAAGACGUAACGUGCGCCGCGGGAAUCCCUCUUGUUAAGGAGAUGAGCUGUAGAUGGUUUGUGAUGCCAGGCCUUCAUCACAUGUGCUCAGUGCUUCUGCCAGCAAGGAAAAAAAAACCCAGCAAGAGCUCUGGAGAGAAGAAGUCAAGUGAAAUGCAGAAGAAAAAGUCUGCAACAGGAGCCAAGAGCAAGAUGAAAGCCGAGGUCUCUGCAUCCUCUUUACCUUUCCUACGCCUGUCCUCACAAAUGAAAAUUAAGACCCCAGCAGGAGCCAUGCAGGUGGACGCCUUCAGUGAGAGUUCAUCUGAGAGUGAGGAGGAGGAGGAGCAGGCAGAGCGCCGUCCAGAGAGCAACACAGACCUGCCUUCUGAGUACUGGCAGAUCCAGAAACUGGUCAAGUACCUCAAGGAAGGCGACCAGACGGCCACUGUGCUCACUCUGUGCGCCAUGAUGGACUUAAAUUUGAUGCAGGAGACGUGCCAAAUGGCCAUCCGGGAUGUAGGUGGCCUUGAAGUCCUCCUUAACUUGCUGGAUACAAAUGAAGUCAGAUGCAAAAUUGGAUCUCUGAAAAUUCUGAGAAAGAUAAGUCACAACGUGCAAAUCCGUCGAGCCAUUGUGGACAUGGGAGGCCUGCAGAGCAUCGUGAAGAUCCUGGACUCACCUGUAAAGGAUCUUAAGGCCUUAGCAGCUGAGACCGUUGCUUAUGUUGCCAGGUUUCGCAGAGCAAGGAGAACUGUCAGGCAAUGUGGUGGCAUCCAGAAACUGGUGAAGCUGCUGGACUGUGUCCCUGAUUUAGCCAACCUGACUGAAAACCAGGAGAAGGAUGUGGAGGUGGCUCGCUGUGGGGCUCUGGCACUGUGGAGCUGCAGCAAGAGCACCAAGAACAAGGUGGCCAUCCGUACGGCCGAGGGGAUCCCUCUGCUGGGAUGUUUGCUCAAGUCUCCACAUGAGAACAUGCUCAUUCCUGUGGUGGGCACCCUGCAGGAGUGUGCUUCAGAGGAAAGCUACAGGAUUUCCAUCCAGUCUCUGGGCAUGAUCAAGGAUUUGGUCAAGAACUUAAGCAGUGACAAUGAGGAGCUACAAAUGCAUUGUGCAAGUGCAAUCUUCAAGUGUGCAGAGGACAAGCAAACUCGUGACCUGGUGCGCAGGUACAAAGGUCUGCAACCGCUGGUUUCACUGCUGAGCAAGGCGGACAACAAGCAGCUCCUGGCCGCUGCCACGGGGGCCAUCUGGAAGUGUUCCAUCAGUGUGGAGAAUGUGGCUAAAUUUCAGGAGUACAAAGCCCUUGAGACCCUGGUCCACCUGCUGAAUGAUCAACCAGAAGAAGUACUGGUUAAUGUGGUUGGAGCAGUGGGUGAGUUCUCCCAGAUUCCUGCUAACAAGGCCAUCAUUCGCAAGAGCGGGGGCAUCAAGUCACUCGUGAACCUGCUCACUGGAACCAAUCAGGCCCUUCUUGUGAAUGUUACCAAGGCAGUGGGUGCUUGUGCCACUGACAUGGAGAACAUGGCAAUCAUUGACCAGCUUGAUGGAGUCCGCCUGGUGUGGUCCUUAUUGAAAAACCCCAGUGCAGAUGUUCAGUCCAGUGCAGCAUGGGCACUUUGUCCAUGCAUUGAGAAUGCAAAGGAUGCAGGGGAAAUGGUGCGCUCACUCGUCGGUGGUUUGGAACUGAUUGUUAAUUUGCUGAAGUCAACAAACAAGGAAGUGCUGGCGAGCAUCUGUGCUGCCAUCGCCAAAAUAGCCAAAGACAGGGAGAAUCUGGCAGUCCUUACUGAUCACGGGGUUGUCCCAUUGCUGGCCAAGCUGACUGACACAACUGAUGACAAGCUGUGUUGCCACCUGGCUGAGGCCAUCGGCCACUGCUGCAUGUGGGGCAGCAACAGGGCAUCUUUCGGUGAUGCUGGAGCAGUGGCCCCCCUUGUGCGGUACCUCGGUUCAAAAGACACGGCAGUCCACAAGAGCACAGUGAUGGCCCUGUACCAGCUGUCAAAGGACCCCAACAACUGCAUCAGCAUGCACAAGAGUGGAGUGGUCAAGCCGCUCAUCUGUAUCAUGGGCUCUGAUGAUGAGAUGCUGCAGGAAGCUGCUGCUGGCUGUGUGCGCAACAUACGACUGCUGGCCCAGGCUAAUAGAGAGGACCUAUUAUUUCAUCAGCAUUGAAGGAUCGCAUCAUACCUGGAGGCCAGUUCACCAUAUUCAAUGGCUGCCUCUUCCUUCUGGCUUCACACUCUACAUGGGAAGCACAUGUGGUGUUAUCGAGUUGUACUGCUGAGUUUGAAAUUGUUUUAAUUGUAUUAUCACACAGAAUCUGAUGAAUCAGUAUAAUUUCAUUACCUCUUAAUCAAUCCUAAACAUUGGGCAAUGUUUUCUGACCUCAUUCACAAUCCUUACCUGUAGUCUCAGCUGAGACUAACAGGAUGUUAGUGUCACACAUGUUGGUACCACCAGUGUUUUAAGUAAGUUGUAUCAAAUCUGUUGUAUUAAACACAUAAAUAAAGUUAUGUUGAUUGGUUGA